AUACCCCAUCCUGGCCUACCUUAAGAGGAUUACACUGAACUUUGAACUCCCUGAUCCGUGUACCUGGCCCCAUUCUGAAACUCAUUUCCUUCUUGGAAGGCCACCUUCUGGUGGCCCCUGACCAUUUUUCCCUGCAGAAACUGCACUGGGGCCUUUGGGUGGAUAACACGUAAUCUAGCACGAGAUGGCCUGUGACCUGACAACUGGCUCAUUCCCAGGUGCGCCUAUUCCAAGGGGCUAAUAAGCCUCAGGUGCUCCGGUCACCUGCCGACCCCUGCACACGGACACCACCUAGCGGCUGGCUGCGUCUUCCCGAACCCGCCCACCACAGGGCUCCGAAGGCGGGGCCGCUCCGGAGCCACUUCCGGAGGCGCCCAGAGGUUCGUGUCACUCAGCAACCGAAGGCACCGCGGAGUGAUUGGGCGGAGAUGUGGGCUGGGCUGCGAGCCGCGGCGAGCUUCCGGAGCGGUCUGGGGUGUGGAGAACUCGCAGUACCCUCUCCACCCACACCGGCCCUGGUUUCUUGCUGCUGUCCCUAGGCACCUGCUGUGGGGCCCCUCAGAUGAUAACUGUUGUCAUGCUGUCCUGGGAGGAUGACAUUGUCAGAUCUCAAUGGACUCUAGGAUAACACUGAACACUCCUGGCUGGGGGCCUUGGGUCUUCUAGAGAAAUUCCUUGUCUCAGCAGAUGGCAUCUAUGAGGCUUAAGGGGCUAAUGGCUCAACUUCUCUAGUCUUCUGAACCUUUUCCUGUUCAGCUCAGAAAACCUCAGGCAGCUGGGAGACCCAGUCCCCACAUUUUCCAACAGAAGACAAAAACUCAGUCACUUUCAUCUCUCUCUCUAGAGCCAUGGAUUAGAGAGAUAUUGGGGUUCCUGAGACCCGGGCUGAGGUGGAGAUGACCUCUCAUGGCCUUUCAGAGGAGGCUGGGCCUGUUGCUGACUGGCCUGACCGGAGGGCUGUUGCUCCUCCAGAACUGGGUGACACCUGCUCAGCCGACCUCUCUCUCAGCAUUGGCCCACCACCCCCACUUGUGCCAGACCACCUGGGAUGCUGAUGGCCGCCACUACCCCGGUUUCUUCUGUCCUCGGCUCUCUGACACCCCGGAGGAAGCCUACUGCUGCCACCUGCAGGCUGCAGGGGGCUACUGCUGCACCCGGGCUGAAUUUGAGGCCUUGUACCAGGUCAACCUGUCCGCCCUUCCGUCCCCACCCAUUCUCAGGGGCAGGGGCCCGCUCCUCGCCCUGAGCCUCUAUACCGUGCUGCUCCUGGCCCUGAUGACCGCCGACCUCGUGCACUUCUGCUGCGGUCGGGGCGCCGGCCGGCCGCCCUCGGCGUCCUCCGCCGCGCGCCCCCUGCAGGUCCCUGUGAGAACGGACUAGGCGCGCCCACUGCAGGUCUGUGCCGCGGGCCGGAGCCCCGCCCACCGGAGCCCCGCCCACCGGAGCCCCG